AUGUUUUCGAGCGAUCGCGGGGCGAGGCUUUCAAAAGAAAGCGUACAGGACCUGGUGGCCGUCAUUCCUUCGUUGCGCUCGGUGGAUCCCGGCAAACUCUCCAAGCAUGUCGUCGCAGAUGGUGAUGGACUCGUUAAUCGCAGAGAGGCAGCAACUAUUUGCAGAAAUGAGCUUAUGGAUGGCCAGUGCGGAAAUGGAGUCGUGCGCGUUAGCCGCCUCGCAUACGGCGUCGAAACUGGUUCGGAGAUUUCGGUUCCUGCUGGGAACGUGGCCGAUGCUUUUGGCCAGCUGGAAAAUUUGACCCAACUAGGCAGAGAUGUUGACCUUGUGGCCAUGGAACCUUUUGCUGUCCCCGAUGCUGGCAGCACAUUCGAGGGUCUGCCGCAGGCGACGAAGCUGCUGGCAUUUGAGAAUGACACUUGUGGUGUGUCGUCUUAG